CCCAUUUAUGAAUCCUGCCUUAGGAAAGUGGAGAAGGUGCUGUAUAGGAAGGUGAAGAAGGCAGAGGAAGCCAAAGAUAUUGAAUUCUAUGCCUUUUCAUACUACUAUGACAGAGCUGUGGAUCUGGGCGCUAUUGAUGAGAAAACAGGAGGGAUUAUAAAAGUCAGCGAUUACAUUGACACUGCUAAAAGAGUGUGCAACGGAAUGACAGUUACUCCCAGAGAGAAUCCUUUUCUUUGUCUGGAUCUAACCUACAUCUCUACAAUGCUGCAAGAGCUUGGUUUUCCCAAAGAAAAAGUAUUUAAGCUGGUGAGGAAGAUUGAUGAAGUGGAGACUAGUUGGGCUCUGGGGGCUACUUUCCACUACAUAGAGUCCCUUCACAGUCAGUGAGCUGCCAGUUUCACCUCACUUGCUGCUGCCAUGACAUGCCAGUGUUUCUGUGCUGCAAAGUACACUCAGGCCAUUUUCCCAAAGUGAUUGUACUUGUUUUUCUGUGCAAAGUUUUCAGAAUUGUAGUUUAUUUUACCAGUUGCCUUUUGAAUGUUUGACUUUAUUUUAGCAGGUGUGGUUGGUUUAUACUUAAGGAAUGUUGGUUGUGUAAUAAAGCACAUGCUACUGCUGUAGUUUAAAGGAGCAUGACCAAUUACAUAUUUGAAUAUAACAUUGUGCUAAAAUGUCAGUUUCUGUGUACAAUUCAGAAUCAAUUGGGGUAAUGAAGGCAUAUGUAUUUUGAAUAAAAGAAAACAAUUUAGA